AUGAAGCUUUACGCUGACUGUAUUGUAGUGCACCUGUGCUGUGUCGCGCUCCUGGCGCCAAUCCUCAUAGCGGCAUCCACUGCCGGAGAGGAUGAGGAUGGCGACUUUUAUUACGGUCAGUUCCCAGAGGGAUUCAUCUGGAGUACGUCCUCAGCGGCUUACCAGUACGAAGGAGGAUGGAACGCUGAUGGCAAAGGCCCCAGCAUCUGGGAUGUGUUCAGCCAUGACCCGGGUAACAUCGUGUACAACGAAACAGCUGACGUCACAUGUGACAGUUACCACAAAUACCGAGAAGACAUAAAGCUGAUGAAGAAUUUGGGGGUGUCUCACUACCGGUUUUCCAUAUCCUGGCCACGUGUCAUCCCGGACCCCGUGGAAGGCAGUAUAAACCCCGCAGGAAUAGCCUAUUACAACAAUCUCAUCGACGGUUUGCUGGAGGCAGGCAUUCAGCCAAUCGUAACGAUGUAUCACUGGGAUUUACCUCAAACCCUGCUGGAAAAGUAUCUAGGAUGGAUCAAUCCGGUAAUAGCAGACUAUUACAUCAAGUACGCCGACCUCUGCUUUCGAACUUGGGGGAAUAAGGUCAAAUGGUGGAUAACGUUCAAUGAACCUUUGUCGUUCAUCCAAGAUGGUUUGGGGACGAACACGAAAGCUCCAGGCUGGGCACAGCCGGCCUACUACCCGUAUAUGGCGAGUAGGACUAUGCUGCUGUCACACGCUAGGGCGUUCCAUCUGUACAAUGAAAAAUACAGAGCAACCCAGAAUGGUCGGCUGGGCGUAUGCUUUGCUACAAAAUGGAUGGAACCAAAGAACGCGAGUGACCCGGCUGACGUCAUGGCGGCUGAUCGCGCUCAGCAGUUCUCCACGGGCUGGUUCGCUCACCCAAUCUACGGUGCUGGAAAUUACCCACCAGUGAUGAAGGAACAGGUUGCCAAGAAGAGCCGAUUGCAGGGGCUGCCCAAGUCACGCCUGCCAGAGUUUACCCAAGACGAGGUCGCUUACAUCAAAGGUACAUACGACUUUUUCGGGAUGAAUUACUACACAACCAGGCUAGUACAGAACAAGGACAGAGGACUGAAGGACCCGGGCAUCUACGGGGAUUCCGACUCCUUGCAGAGCGUCGAUCCGUCCUGGCCCAAAUCUCCUUUGAACUGGUUGUAUGUUGUACCAUGGGGCUUCCGGAAAAUGGUGAAUUGGGUGACGUCACAAUAUGGCCGCCAAGUGAAAAUCCUCAUCACGGAAAACGGCUACGCUGAUGGGACUGGGGAAGUGGUAGAUGAUUUCAGAAUUGAAUUCUACAAAAAUUAUAUCGAUGAGCUGUUGAAAGCAUCCAAUGUCGACAACUGCACAGUGAUUGGAUACAGUACAUGGGCCCUUUUGGACAACUUUGAAUGGGACAGUGGCUACACGGCAAAAUUUGGCAUUCAUUACGUGAACUUUAGUGACCCCAGUCGCCCAAGAGUACCGAAAAAGUCGGCGGGAUACUUCACCCAGAUUGUCAAAAAUAAUGGUUUCCCGAAGCCGAAUUAAACAGCGUCUACGGCUAGAGAGGAUGAGGACGGCGACUUUUACUACGGUCAGUUCCCAGAGGAUUUCAUCUGGAGCACGUCCUCAGCCUCUUACCAGAUAGAGGGCGGAUGGAACGCUGAUGGGAAAGGCUUAAGCAUCUGGGACUUGUUCACGCACGAGACAGGGAACAUCGCCUUUAAUGAGACAGGGGAUGUGGCCUGUGAUAGCUACCAUAAGUACAAAGAGGACAUAGCGCUGAUGAAGAAACUAGGGGUAUCUCACUAUCGGUUUUCUAUAUCCUGGCCACGUGUCAUCCCGGACCCCGUUCUGGGCGGUGUAAACCCCGCAGGAAUAGCCUACUACACCAAUCUCAUCGAUGGUUUACUGGCCGUCGGCAUUCAGCCAAUCGUCACCUUGUAUCACUGGGAUUUACCUCAGUCCCUGCAGAGCACAGAUCAAGGUUGGAUCGAUGGGGUCAUGGCUAGUUACUAUGUGCAGUACGCGGAUCUAUGCUUCCGGACUUGGGGGAAUAAGGUCAAAUUCUGGAUAACAUUUAACGAGCCAGUUUCUUUCAUCCAAGGCGGGUUGGGUUCGAGGUCCAAAGCCCCAGGCUGGAACCAACCAGCUUCUCUCCCUUACUUGGCCAGCAAGGUGGUUCUCUUGGCCCAUGCUAGAGCCUGGCAUCUCUACAACGAUACCUACAGAACCACUCAGCAUGGUCGCGUCGGCAUGUGUUUUGGUACUUGGUGGAUGGAACCUUUGAACUCAAGUAAUCCCGAUGACGUCAUCGCCGCUGAGCGAGCCCAGCAGUUCGACGUCGGUUGGUUCGCUCAUCCCAUAUAUGGCGCUGGGGAUUAUCCAGUGGCCAUGAAGGAAGCCGUGGCCAGAAAGAGCCGAGAACAAGGACUGAAUAAUUCUCGCUUACCAGAGUUAACUGAGGAGGAAAUUGCCUACAUUAAAGGUACUUAUGACUUUUUCGGCCUGAACCACUACACAAGCAGACUCGUCCGGUACAAGGAUAACGGGAUCAGCAAUCCUGGAUACUCCGGAGACCAGGACACCGAGAUGAUUGUCGACCCCUCCUGGCCUAAGUAA